AUGACAUGCUAUAAGCUAUUAGGUGAAAUUGAUAAGGCAUCUUUAGACGCUAAUAUAUUAUUGAAAAUAAAUCCAAAUUGUCCUGUUGCAUUACAUGCUCGGGGAGGUAUAAAUAAAUUGAAGGGUAAAUAUGAUGAUGCAUAUUUAGACUUUAAAAAAUCACUGGAUAUAAUGCCCGAUUUUGGCGAUGCUAAAUUGAAUUGUGCAUUAGUUAAAAGGAACAUAGACGGUCAUAUUGAGUCUAUGGGUAAUAUACCGUUCAUAUCUUAUAAUGAAAUUCGCGAUAUUAGACCUUUGAAUGGAGAUGGGGGGUUUGGCGAAAUUUUUCAAGCAACUUGGGUGAAUUAUUUAGGAGAGGAAAAAAAAGUAGCUCUCAAAUAUUUAAGAACUUCAAAAGGUUAUUCUAUAAAUAUUAUUAAUGAGAUUCAUGAACAUAAAUUAAUACAUCGUGAUUUGCAUUCAAAAAAUAUUCUAAUUUGCAAAAAUGGAGGUCAAGAACUGACUAAAAUUGGAGAUUUGGGAUUGACAAGAUUAAUUGAUGACGUACCAAUAUCGGAAAAUAAAAUUUAUGGUGUAAUGCCUUAUUUAGACCCACAAUUAUUGGCUGAAAAGCAUGAAAAGAAAUACACUCAAAAAUCUGAUGUGUUUCAUAAUGCUGACAAGAAAAUAAUUGAAUCCGAACAUUCAAAUAAAAAUGAUGAUAAUACUCAAAUUUUACGAGAUUCCUGGGAUUUCUCAAACCUUUCCGAAAUUCUAAUGCCAGAUACUUUACCUAAACAUUCAUAUGAAAAUGAUAAUUAUAUUUUGAGAGAUUCCUCACACCUUUUCGAAAUUUUAAAGCUAGAUACUUUGCUUGAACAUUCAAAUGAAAAAUGA